UAGAUAUUACAUUUACCUGAUGGAUUCAUUCAAAUAAUUUGUUCUUUAACAUUCUAAAAUGUCGUCUUAUCACAAACCCCGGAUAUUUAGAUCUUCUUCCGGCUGCUGUAUUUGUAAAGCAAAAUCUAGCAGUUCUCGGUUUACAGACAGUGGAAAAUAUAGCAAUAGUUUUUCAAUUUGUUUUCUUCUAACGGAAUCUAGGUCAGGGGACAUAUGUAACGCCUGUGUUCUACUGGUGAAAAGAUGGAGAAAACUUCCUAAGCAUAAUAUUAAACAUUGGGCUCAUGUUGUAGACUCCAGAGCUGGUCCUGGAACUAAGUCUUUAAUAAGAAAGAAGAAGCCUAAGAAGGAAGAUGAGAUGAUAACACCAACCCCACCUGGCGGAGGAAGAGGAUGGAAGGAGAUGAAGAUGGAACGAAGACGACUGGGUAGAAAGAUUCUUCUAGAAAGAGGGUCGAGGAAGAGAAAACAAAUGAAUCCAACAAGAUCGUCUCCAGAACUUUUUGUGAAACGAGAGAAGAAAUAUAGUUUUAUAGAUCUAAAGUUUUGGAACAGGACCAAGAUCUGCUGUGGAAGUAUCUACAAGGGGUUCUCAAAUGAGAUAUUAGUAAACUCCAGCUCCUAUCAACCCUGCAGGCAUAAUACAGACUCUAGACUAUACCAGGAGAAGAAACCUGUUCCAACUCUGAGCCCGGAGAAGAAGCAUGUCUCCGACCUGUCGCCAGAAAAGAAUUAUAUCUCCGAUCUGAACCUACAGAUUCCAACAUCAGGACGGAUUUCAUCCGCUCUUUUAAAUAUAGAAAAGAUAAUUGAAGACGAGCUUAGAGCCUUUCGGAGUACUGACACUACCUUUGGUAACAAUAGAUCGACCUUUCGCAGCGCUGACACAACCUUUGGGACAGCUGACACCAUGGAAGAUGUGGAGACGAAAAGUCUUAUAAGUUCAGAUCUUGAUGAAGGAUUCUUUGAUCGUAAUUCUGCAACUCCAGACAGCAGUUCAUCAGAUACGCUACCAGGGAACUCAGAGUACACUUUAUACUACAGGAAACCUAAAUUGCAGUUUCCAGUACAGGAAACCUAAAGUACAGUUUUCCGUAUAGGAAACCUAAAGUAAAGUUUCCAGUACAGGAAACCUAAAGCACAGUUUCCAGUACAGGAAACAUAGAGCAGAUGUUUAAGUAUAGGAAACCUAGAGUGCGCUUUCCUUUACAUGAAACAUUUAGUAUAUUUUCCAGUACAGGAAACCCAGAGUACAGUUUCCAGUACAGGAAACCCAGAAUACAGUUUCCAGUGCAGUAAAUCUAGAGUACAUUUUCCAGUACAGGAAACCUAAAGUACAGUUUCCAGUACAGGAAACCUAAAGUACAGUUUUAAGUACAGCAAAUCUAGAGUACAUUUUCCAGUACAGGAAACCUAGACUAUUGUUUUGAGUACAAGAAGUCUAGAGUACAUUUUCCAGUACAGGAAACCUAGAGUACAGUUUUAAGUACAGGAAGUCUAGAGUGCAUUUUCCAGUACAAAAACUGAUCCAGGUAAAAUGUAUUUUAGUGCUUUGAAAUAUUCAUGUUUUUAAUUUUUUUUUGAUUUUUGACGUGUCUUUCUUAUUUCUAGGGAUUGCCAAGGUAGUUUUUAAGUCAUUUCAUUUUUAGGGCGCCAUUAAAAAUUAAAGGGAAGGGAACCCUUUUAAACUUAAGAUCUAAAAUUCAAACAAUUUUGGGAAAUAUUUUUUUCAACUUUCAAGCACGAUUUUAAAAUGAUUUGAAUCUUUAUUAAGCUCUGUUGGAAAAUGUUUUUGGAGGUGUUUUUUCUUCUAAAUUUCCGAUUAGCUUGCACAUGAAUACAUACAUACAUAAUAACAUAUACAUGCUGAAUUUCAAUUUUAUUAAUGAAAAAAUUAAAUCAAAUAGUUUCCUAGAGGAGAAAGUGUUAAAUUGUCUAAAAUUACCUUGACGCUCCCUUUAACUACUUAAAUAAUUGAAAAGUAUUUGAUCAUUAUUCGGAAAUCCAACGUUUGUAAGUUUUCUACGUUUUUACCUUUAAAUGUUUAUAAACUAUUUAGUAAUCUAUUUAGUCAUUUUGAAUUAACGUCUUGUGAUACUAUUUAACCAAUUCUAGUUAAUAUUGAGAAAAUAAGAAUAAAAUAAAAUAAAUGAACUGUGGAUCAUAAAACAGGAUUAAAGAUAAAAUUCUCCAGAUUUCAACCUAAAUAUUUUUGUUGAAUCAAAUUGAAAAAUUUGAAAAAACUAAACUUGUCGUGGUCCUCCUAGCACAGCAAAAAAGGCAAUACACCCAGUUUGGCAAUAAAGAAUAUUGCUCAUUUUCUUCUUUAAAAAUCUAGUACUAAAAAAGUAAUUAAACCAAUUACACAUAGUUCAACUACUUCUCUUUCUGGAUAGAUCCUGGAACAAUAUGCACAACCUUAGUAUUAUAAGUAUUAUGUACUGUAACUGUACAUGCAUGUAUGAACUGCUGCUCAGUGUACAUGCAUGUACAGCUGUGUAUGUACAUACCUAGCUACCUGUUAAUAUGCUCAGUGUACUACAUGUUUCCUAAACCUAAUUGUAUUUCCAGGGUUUUCACAUGUACACAUGUACACAGUACAAACAACAUAAUUAUUCCCCGUAAAAUAUAAACAGGGGGAAAGAAACCUAUUUUACAAUUUGUAAAUUCAAAAAUUUGUAUUUUGUCCCAUUUAGCUGGUAAUUAGGGGAACACAUAUUCUAAUCUAAAUAUUAUAGAAGUAGAGUUAUAUAAUCAUAUUUUAUCCAGCUUAGUAAUAUUGUAAUCUUGUAAUCACUUGCUUUUGAUUGUACUAUUAUACCAAUAAUUGUAAUAUUGUAAUGUUAAAAAAUUGUGAAAUUGUACAAUCUAACUUUAAUUGUACUAUUGCACAACCUUACUAGGCUACUAUCAUACUUUUGUACUGUUUCAAUAUUCAUAACCAGCUAUAAAACUGUACUUUACUGUACUUUUGUACUAUUGGUUUGCUUUGAAACUAAACUUGUGUACUUUAGUUAGAACUAGUUAAGGGAAUUUUCUAACAUUUUGCACUGUAAAAAUGUACCAGAACAUAACACUGCCAAUCUUAUUUUAUAAUUUCAUAAAAAUCAGCAACAAGUAGGAAUCUACGAAAGAUGUAGAAUUGAAAUUUUAUCAUACGCUUCCGUCAAGAACUAUAAACAUAUAGAAAAAUUGUGGAAAAGUUUCUACCCAUUUCUUUCCCGGUGUUCUCUCAGAAUUCGAAACAAUUUGAAAAACUGAAAUUUUUAUUUUUGUUGAUGACUGUUUAAUCUUGUUGUGAAUGUUUAGAAUUUCAGUGCAUUUCUAGCAUUUUAUAUAAAUUUUGUUAUUAAAGUAUUAAACCAAUUUAAAAUAUUAAUUUCAGCGAAAGUGUUCCCGUCAAAGAAAAGGCACACCAGGGUGGUGUCUUAAAAAACUCAAGCUUUAAAGACUGAAACUUUUUGUCGGAGUAUCAAAGUUUUUACACAAAACACAAUUAAAAAUUUGACAGUAAAUUUUCUACUUUUUCUAAAAUAACUUUUUUAUUUUUUCUAGAAUAAACUAAAAUUCCGAAAAAAAAACACUUGUACACUGAACCAUAUUUGAUUGAACCAAGGCAUGAAUGAAAACCUUCAAUGCUUGUUAUUAUUUCACCUGCAAAACAGUUAAAAUAAACUUAUUUCAGCCCCUUUUUAUACAUUUAUUUCUUAUUUUUGUAUAUUAGUAUUUAAUUAUAUUGUCAGUUUAAUAAUCCUUAAAUAUUUAUAUUUGUUGUAUCUGUACCCCCUCCCCCCAUAUUUAAUCAAACUGUUUGUCUUGUUUAAUCUUAAAAUAAUAAAGGAAUUAUAUCAAUUG